UAGGAUGUUGAAAAUUUACAACCUCAAUGUAGAAUGCAUUAACCAUUAUAACAUUCAUGUAACACUCCCUUUAUGUACUUGAUCUAUAGAAUACUUAAUACCCCACUUCACAGUCAUCCUAAAGUAACUUGUAACAUAGUUUCCCCUAAACUUAUUAUAUUCUUUGCAUACAGUCAUUCACAGAGUACUACAUCCCCUAUACUUAUUUUACUCUUUGUACUACAUCAUUGAUGACGGAUACCCACUUGUCGGUUUGACAUUCCUUGACAUAAUUAUUUAUGUUUAUAAACACGGAGUUUAGAAGAAGAAAUGUUCAAAUAAAAUGUAUCUAACAUGGGCAUCGUUCAACAAUAUAAGGAUGCUGAUGAUGGCUUGCAUGCCUGUUGUAAUAUUCUAUUUAAUAUGGCUGGUCAACACAUCGGAAGGUAUUCGAAGUGAAGAGGGCACUCUAUUGGAUCUGGUGUGUUGGCCAGAUGGCAAUGCUAUACCUGUUAUUAUAGCUUUAGGCUCUAUUAUUGCAGUUGUUAUAGAGCUGUAUGGUUUAUAUCAGUUAUUUAAAGCCGGCUUACCGAAAAGAGAAUAUGACGUCACAAACGGACUAUUCUACUACGUCUGGGCGCUUAUUAUAAUGAUAAUAAUCUUCCUGGCAAUAAUGUUUUACUCUGGACUUCAAUCGACUAUUAUAAGAGCCAAAAUAAAAGGCGGUAUAACAAAGGCCAUGCUACGAUACUCAAGUCAUCUGCCGUCGAAGGUGGCCAUAGACCGAUUGCAGACCAGAUUCCAUUGCUGCGGCCGAGUCAACUUCCAGGAGUGGUUCUUCAUACCCUGGUACAUGAACGGGGAAAAUAUAGAUUCAAAGACUUUUUCCAACCACAAGUUCGUAUCGGACAACGUGCCGUACAGCUGCUGCUCCACAGAAGAACUCUACCCCUGCAUACACCAUGGAGUUACUCAAAUGGGGACUAUAUACAAGUACAACCCUGCGACACAAUUGACGAUAUGGAACGCAGGUUGCGAGGAGAAACUAAUCAGCGAAAUGAUGACCGUCUCUUGGCGGUUCAACGCUGUCAUGGCGCUUAUUAUAAUGGCGAUGAUAAUACAAGUGAUCGCAGUACGCUACCUCCACACAGCUUACAGAAGCGGUUUGCAUGUGGGCAACCAAAUCACUUGCAAAGCGUAUCUUCUACGCUCCUUGACAGACACAGAACCUUUGAAAGACAAAUCAAGGAAGAAAGUAUUCAAGAAGAGAAAGUUCCGACAAGCUAGAACCCUACAUUGGGUAUCCGUAUCGUAUAGAAGAGGAAAGAAAAGAUAUUUGACGUCAUCCGGGUCCGACGUCAACAGCUCUGAUGAAUUAUUGAAGCCGAUUUAUGAAUAGUUUAAGUGAACGAUCCAGAUAAGACGUAUCUAAAUGAGCAAGUUUAGAUUUUGGACGACAAUGAAAUUGAACAGAAAUAAAUAAAUUUUGAUAGCAAUGGGAACAUAACAUACGCACAGUACCUAUACUGUACGGCCUCGUCUAUUCAGUGUCUGCAGCGGUCACAAUAAUUUCAGAUAAUUUAAGAGUCUAUUUAUUAUUUUUUUAUAUUUC